AGUUGUUGAAUUAUUUUUUGUGAACGGAUUGAAGGUUUUGUAUUUACUGAAAUAGCUUGACAUUUGGAUUUGAAGAAAUAUGCUUAUUCUCACUCAGAUUUGUACAAGAAGACUGAUAGAGUUGUCCUUUCUGCCUGUUAAAUGUGACGCUGCAGCAUAAAGCCAGGAACUUCUCCAUAACAGUGAUCUCUAAAGCCUCCUAACUUAAUAUGAACAAAAACACAAAAAAAUACUGCCAUUUUACACUUCUGUUUUCUGUUUAUGCUAUGUUAGGCAAACUUGCAGCUGGCUUUAGCAGUAUAUUUCCCACAACUUUCCCCUUUUCCCUCCAAAACAAAAAGGUGGCAGACAACUGUGGAGAAGCAAAAGUAUAACAUCUCCAUCUCAAACAACGUGAGUUAAAGUAGCUUCAUAAAGACGUGCUCCAGUUGAAUGCAAUUAUCUCCAAAUUUUGCUUAAUUACAGAUCUCGCAAUAGAUGUAUUCAGGUACAGUCCACUGCUGAAACAAGGCCAGCGUCUGCAGUUUUUGUUCUGCCAGCAGCAGCAGCAUCAGACUGUAAAAAAAAGACUGUAGCAGCAGCCAGCCUAACCAUCACAGAGCUGAAGAGCAGAUUCAUCCUCUCAGAAUUUUAGCAGCAAAAAUUGAGGACUGACGGCCUCAUUCACUGUUAAAGCUCUGAUUCACCACAACUACAGAAGUGAUAGGUCUGUGCACUCAGAGUAUGUGGAAAAUCGGAGCUAUUCUGAGCUGAGGUUUCACAGCAAGGUCACUUUUAAAACAAAAUGUCUCCUCUGCUAUCUAGGUCACAGCGCAUUCUGUUACUUUCUCCGAAACUUGCUCCCUUCCUUCCUUCCUUCCUGCCGCAGCUUAUAAUUAAACACACACAAUUAUCCUAAAUUUAAUGGGAUUUCAGAACCAGGCUUUUAUUUAAGAGGUAAUGAAUAAUAUUUUAAUUGCAUAUGUAACUGUGAGAUCGAAAUGUGCUUCUUUCAUCACGUGUAAUUACUACACCGCAUUUUUCUCGCGUGAUAUCUUGAGAAUGCAAUCAAUAACUGAUGAGUGUCUUUUUUUAAGGUCACUGUGUAACACUUACUAAUUGUGAAAUGAUCCAGAGGGGGAGCAGAGGAGGUAUGAGCACGCCUAAAACAUACGGACACUGUCCUAUUGUUUAUUGAUGUCUGUAAUUAAUGAUAUAAUGCAUGCCACUGAAGUAGUUUGACCUCUGAACCGAUCAUUAUUCAGAGUGUAGCAGCAUCAAUCAAACUGUGCUUUUCUCAGAUCUAUUUCUGUGCAGCCCCUCAGGGAUAAACGGGGCACCCACUGUAUCCUCAUUUGUAUUCAGCUGACCAUGGCCUUAGUAUAAAUGAUUUAGACGUCUGUAUAUCAGGCAUAGACGGGAUGAGAAGUGGCGAUAUGAGCUUUUAAAAGCCGCUGCAGAACUUCAUAAAGACUCCAACGUUUGGUUUGCUGCCUCAAACUGCAAAAACAGUCAUUUUCUCCAUAGGACUUUGGUGUAUUUACUGAUUCUUUUUCUCUCUGUUCCACCUCGGAAACGACAUGUACUUACUCGUCUUGGGGAGAUGUUGUUUUUGUGUCCGGUAAUGACGGGCUCAGUGGUGUUAUUCACCCUCUCCACAUCAUAAUGACUAUAUGAAUGUUUGCCUUUUGGAUGGAGUGUCGGCCAGAUUGUUUGGGCUAUCUGGAAGAAGCGACACGCAUCGGUGCCCAGCCUGAGGUUUUAGAGGUGCUGUUGAUGUCCCACUCCAGCAAGCAUCCCGGGCUCUCCUUGGGACGGGCGUAUUAGAAUAAGUCAUUCCAUUGUUAAUUUAAAUGGCUUAAUACAUCACUCUAAGGUAGCAGAGUGAUGUGAGCAGCAGAGGGAAAGAGUAUGAGGAGGAAGGAGAGAGAUGCCAAGGGGUGUUUCUUUAAUAUCAAAUGAAAUUGAAUCCUGUGUUACCGCACUUUUUGUCGUUUCUCAAGCAGCUCCCAGGCUUUUAAUGGAAAGCUGUAACAGGAUUGGUUCAGUCUUUCGGUUCUUUAAUUUCACCACAGCUCCCAGAUGUUAGGUCUUUGUCUCAUUGCUGAUCCCUGACUGAUCUAUGGUGUUGUCUUUAUCCCGCCUCAAGUCCAUUGUGACUGUGUGUUGUGUUAUUGGGUCAGGUGAAUCUAUCAAGGACAGAGAGUUGGGCAGUUCACACACCAGGGGGAUAAUUACAGGGUGAUUGGUGUCCUCACGCUCUCUGCUCUCACUAUCUUUGUCUCCUCCCUGCUAGCCUCGCCCUUACAUAAACGCACACAGCAUGUCUGGCAAUUGGAAGUCAACCAACAAAAAAAAAGAAAAAGAAGCUGCAAAGUCCCGGGAUCCCAGCCCUCUUACCUGCUCCAUCUCCGGGGCCCACUUUUAAACAGCUGUGUUUGUUUGAUAGAAAACAUGUGCUCCAUUGUUUACAGAUGUUUGUGUACUUACUUACACCGGUGCAUUGAGGAGAACACAAGAGACGGCAUACUUGAAUUUUCCACCACUACAUCUAUCGCUAUUAUUAACCUCACCUCCUCCCAUAGAUAAUUCAUCACAGUUACCUUCAGAUCUCACUUUUUGUGUCUCACUCAGCCCUGAUUCCUCACAUCUGCAUGUCCUUUCUGGGUCAUAAUGACACACUCUCACAGGCGGCACCUCAACUUGAAUUAAUUACUUUGGAAACCAAAGCCAGUUUCAACCUUAAAAGACCCCUUCUGAUGAAGAGCAAGUUUUUUUGGCUUGUUAACCAUUUUAGUAUGCUGUAACCACAUAGAAUAUAAUGAGCAAGUAAGCAAUUCACACCAUGACAGAACUGCAGUGUCUGAAAAACAUGGAUUUAGAUUUCUGAGGUUUCAUAUGUAACAUAUCACAGGAACCCAUCCUGUCACUUUGUGGUUUGGACUUUCCAUAACAUUGUUCUUCAUUGACUCCAACAUGUACGGCUGAAUUGCUCAAAUAUUACAGCUUGUCAUUGCAUCGAGUUGUUUUCCUGUUUAAACAGACUUAUGGGUGAGCUGGUGUGUUAGAGCUGCAGCGAGCACAGGAGAUAUGCUUGUAGAGAGAGACAGGAACUUCAUAGAGCUGCACAUUGUAAAGGAGUCAGCACUGUGGAGUUACAUCGACAUCAUUUUAAAGCAGGAAGUGAUUCUUUUCAUGAGGAAAAACAAAUAUAAAACUGAUACACACUGAAGACUUCUUGAGGAGUUUAAUCAAUGACCAGAGAGAGAUUCUACAGAAACAGCUUGACAUUCUGUCUGUUGUAUGAAGCUGCAGCCAUGAACCAUUUAGCUUAGCUUAGCAUAAAACAGACACUGUUACUCUCAGCACUGUGUUUCCAGCCAGGAGACUCUCAAAGGACAGCUACAAGGUGAAGGUCUCAUGAAGUAUUGACUUGUCUUCACCCGACAGUUUGUCAGUGAGGAAACGCAUAAUAAAACCAACCCUUGGAAAUGAAAUAAAACUGCACAACAAAAGGGAAAACAAUUCUUUAUUCAGUGACUUCUAUCUAAUUCUGACAACACAGUCUCUUGUCAGGAUAUUUCAAAAGUCUAAAGAUUAUUACAAGUGAAGGGUUGUUGCUAGCUGCCCAAAACACAAACUCUUCAUGGAUAUUUCUCCAAGCUCACGGCAACAUUUAGCUGAUCAGGUUUUGACAGCUUUUCUGUGCUAUUGCUAAAUUGUCACAAAAUGUUCACCUAAAAUCUUUCAUUUCUGUGUCUGUUGCCCAGAAAAUGACUUCUACAAAGUCUACUGGCUGGAAAAAUGCUAGAUAAUGAAGAGUGAACACCUCAGUGCUAUUAAACCACUUCAUUUAAAAAUAUCUAUUUCUGCAGAAAUGUAGGGAUUGUGAUAUUUUAUUGAAAAAAAUCACAAAACAUUAUGGCAAAACCCACAGCUAGUUUAAUCAGUAUGGUAAUAUGAUGACUUUAUGUGUUGAUAUGUUCAAACUAUGCUCCUCAGCUACUCCUUUUGGUCACAUGUGGCCUAUUGAGAGUCAAUCUUUGUGUUAAGCUAACCAGCCGCUGACUCCAUAUUUACUGUGCAGAUAUUCCAGUGCUAUCAGUGACUCUUGGUUCCUUUAAAUAGUGCUUCUAUACUUCCAUAUAUGUUGAAAGCACCUUGUAUUUCCAGGGUGUGUGUUUGAAAGUUUCUAACCUUGAAAAGGUUUUUUUUUUUUUUUUAGAAAGGGUGCUUUUAUUCUUUGUUAGACAUGGUGCUGACAAAUAUGUUGCACACCCUCUCGCCUGCAUGGGAUCUUGAUGGAAAUCCCUGGUUCUCUGUUCACACACAAACACACACAAACACACACACACACACUUUGCACUUCCCGACUUUGAGAGCUGUCAGCAGCAGCUGUUUCAGGACUCUGGACAGUUCCUCCACCGAGACCUACAGGGUGUUCGAGGCUCUCACCUCCCCCAAGUCACACUGGGGACACCAACACCGAGUCCGGCACUGAGAUUUGCCACAUCCAGACCAUGAUAGUGUGUGUGUGUGUACAGAUGAGUCCACGGAGUCACCCAGCCCUUCCCCCACACACGCAUAUCAUCCACCCAGAGCCAUUCUAUCUGUAUGGAAAUUUGGGCUCCACAGCUGGAAUCCCACAAAGCACUGUCAUCUACUAAUAGUUAUUAUCGCUUUGGCCUGCUCCCUCACAAAAACCCUGCAAUACAAGCACAUCGCAUCUUUAUGGUAAUGCCCUACAAUACAGCCCCAAGCUAUGGUGCAUAGACCUUUGUUAUCAUUACGAUAAUUCCCAUUCUCACUUGACUCCUCAUUACACUAUUGAAACUGCUCGGGGUUGGAUGCUGACAAAUUCCUGCAUCUUCCUUUAUUACACUGUAGCAUACAGUGAUAGUACACAAAACUUAAAGUCUCUAAAUACUCAAGCAGUCAGUAUAAUGACAAUUAAGUUCAAGAAUUGUUGCUCUAUAGGAACAGUCGAGAGAUCUGCAUGCUGCAAUAUUAGUGCUCAUUUGAAUUUGGUUGUAGAUGAGGUUGAAUAAUGAAAUAAUGUGAUUUUAUACUGACUUUCCCCGCAAUUAGAUCGUGUCAAUUUGUGCUUUUUCAAUCAAUUUGUAAAAAAAUUAGCAAAAAUUAACUAAAGCAGGGUUUUAUGGAGACAUUUUCUUUGUUAGGAUUGUUUCCAAAAAUGAAUAUUGAACAUAAAAUCUUAAUGAGUCAUUUAGAUUUUAUUCUACAUACGUGAGGAGUUUUGUUUAAAGUAACAGGAUUUGAAAUGCAUUUUAGCGUCUUGUGUUGUUUAGCACACAUUUGCUACACUUAAAUACUGCACCAGCAAUUUUAUUCAUUCAUUCAUUUCAUGUUUGUUUAUGUUUUGAGGGAUUUUUUUUUUUUUUUGGUCCAAACCAGAAAAAUGAAGGAAAAGCUUUUUUCUGUGCCAUCAGGAUCAGGAAUUCUGUUUUCUGAUUUCUGUAUAUCUUCAGUCACGUAGCACAUUGUCUUCAGUGAAAGCUUGAGUAGCAUGUUACAUGCUACACUUAUUCCUGUUACUGUGGUAUAAACAAGCCUUUGAAUCCCUGCAAUGUAAAUUUUUUUCUCUGAUGGGUCCUUUAUGAAAAUGGAGGUUUUCUACUUGUUGUUUUUUUUCCAACAACAGAAGAGCAGGUGAUUUUCUAUACAUUUCUUCCACGGUGAGCGUCAGGUCAGCUCUACAUUACAAGCAAAGCUCAGGGAGACAUGGCAGCUCGUGUCCUUGCUUCUCUCCAUGAAUGCCCACACAAGGCCUCUGGAUUGCACAAAAAAGUAAUUGCGGAGUGAUUGGCACAGCUUGUCCCAUGCAGCCUGUGUCCCACACUUGAAGGCUCUCCUCGGAGCACCCUCAUUGUCACACAGCCUUUUAGCACCUUUGUUCCUUCCUUCCCCCAGGACCUCACAGCCCACCAUUGGCAGAUGAGUCCCUGUCUGUGACAAAAGGGUCCCUAUGCUCAGCCUCAUUUGAUGCAGUGAUGAACUCCCCCCCUUCACUCACACUCCUCUCUCUCUCUCUCUCUCUCUCUCUCUCUCUCUCUCUCUCUCUCUCUCACUCACACACACACACACACACACACACACACACUGCACACCACCUCCUGCGAGAAGAAAUGUUCCGUUUAGCGGUGGAGGAUGUGGGGGUCAGGACCCAGGGGUGGGCUUUUAGGAGACAAAUAAACAUCAGAGCAGGAGAGGGGUGAUGUCUUGUUUACACAUUAGCAACCAUUUAGCAAGUCUCACUGUUUUCCCCGCGUCUCUCCGGUGGCCUCUCAAACAGCUGAUCUUUCUCUUUUGUUGUCCUUCCAGUUCAGAUCACCUCAACAGUCUAAACUUGAUCUGGACUGGAGUCUGCGCAGCUUCAGCUGAUAAAUCCAUGCCUAGCGUUUCUCUUUUCAAGAAAUGACUCAUCCACUCAUAGAGAGCAAACUGGAAAGAUCCAGAAUAAUUAGCCUGCAGCACUUUUUUCUUUCUUCCAGUGAUUGUCAUUGAACAGUCUCUCCACAUUUUUGCUCUUCCACUGUUAAUUUUUGUCAUCAGGAAAACACACACACUCUCUCUCUCUCACACACACACACACUCACACACUCACAAACUGCAUCUUUCUAAUACCAUCUAAUGAGGUGAUGACCAACCACUUGUUAUAAUUGCUUCAGUCUCCUUUUAAUUUUCAAGCUUAUUAAUCAUAUGUAGAGUUAUUUAAGAAUGCAUAAAUUAAUCUUAGAUUAAAAAGCCUAUCAAAGCCUCAAAACAAUUAAAGAGUAAGGUAAGAUUUCCCCUGGGCUGCCACUUUUAUUUUAAUAGAGUGUUCAGGUGAUUAUCAUACUUUGAUGCAGCACUGUGAUUAAUGCAGACACACUUUUAAAUGAGCUGUUCUCUCCUGCACACACAAAAAAGGUAGAACAAGCAGGAGCCUGAUAAUGACCUCACUGACUUGUUUGGUUACUUUUCUCAUUUCCUCCUGUACUGUGCGCAGGUUUGUUUGGAAACGCACUUGUUACACACCACUAGCCGCAGUGAAUGAGGGUGUGAGUGCUGGAAAAUGUGGACUCCAAAUAAAUCUGUAGUACUGAUAGAUUGUGGUGAAGAAAUUUAAGGGGUUUUUUUUGGAGUGAUUUGAGAACGAAUUUAGAGCUCGUUUCGCUGCGUUUGGAUUCGUUCACAAAAUCAAAAACUGGAAUUUAUCUGAUGGCAGCAACAAUUAAGCGGUUUAUAUUGGUGCGUUUCACAGACUUUAAAUAAUCCAUUAUUAACCAUACUUCCACUCAGUCUGGAUUCAGCUGCACUUUUGAGGCGUUCAAAAUUUAUUUUCAUUAUAUUCAUAUAAUAUUUUAAAAUUGAGCUCAAUUAUAACCUAUGCAGCAUGUUUAUUUAAUUUAAUAUGGAAAAUAAAUAAAUGAAAUGCAUUAUUUCGACCUGAUAUUAGGUUUUCCACUUCCAAUUUUAAAUGGGAUAUGACAAAAACAAUGAUUAAAUUAAUAAAUUCGAUAUGAAUUUUAAGCUAUGUGUUGUUAUUAUUAUUAUUAUUAUUAUUAUUAUUAUUAUUGAAUGCCUCCUAUAUAUGGUGCAUCUUAUUUUCCUAAAAUGAGAGGAUAAUCUUAGACUUCUAUUGCUCAGCUCUGUCCCACUGAAGGACCAACAGCACCGUGUCCUGUUUCCUUCAUCAAUAUUACAUCAGUGUCUGUCGCUGCUGUGUCCCGUGAAAAUGAUGAACCCACACCUUUAAUUGACUUAUAAAAGUGAAAUAUCCUCAUGGCGCAAAGAUCCACCGUUUUCCCAUUUCUGUCUGAUCCUUUUUCUCUCGGCCUGAGUGAGGGGAAAAAUAAAAACUGCGCAGAUCACAGAGUGACCUUUCAGAGCAGCUGCUUGUUGUCACAACGCGUGCAGGCCGGAGAGCUCGUAAAACGGUGAAUCAGUCCGUGGGAACCCAGCACAUGAUGGAGGCCUGCGCGCCGCAUUCAGGCUUCAUGAACACAACAAUGUGUCGGUGGGUCCCUGCUGUUUUAGCGGAAUGCCAAAUCCCACUGCAGCCCCAUCCAUGCAUAAUGCCAACAACGCUGCGUUUUGCAACAGGAAAGAAGCGCAAAAGAAUUAAUUAAGGGCAAUAUGGCAACGCAGCAACCCAAAGAAUAAUAACAUAUUAAGGUGUAAUUUAUUUAAACACAUAGGCUCACUGUUUGCUUUGGAUAAAAUGUUUGAAUUUUAAAGAUUUCAUCCCCUUUAUCCAUCCAGACCUCCAGGCUGCUGGAAGACCAAAACAGUCUGAUCCAGGCAUCUUCAUUGCUCAUGAAUCCAUAGUUAAUGCAGACUGCCUGUGUGAGUGGGAGUGCCUUGCCAUAAGUUUUGCCGUCACUUGAUUGCUGUCGUUGUCGUGAAGGGGGCUGUGCUACAGUCUGCCUGCCAUGUGGACGCUGCUGCUGCUGGUGGCGCAACACAAACCGUCCGCACACACACCGGGAGUGGAGCAGAGAGGCGGCAGCAGGAGGAGGAGGACCGGAGCACAGAAACAGGAGGGAGGCGGUGCCGCGCGCAAAACCGCGUCCUAAAGCCAACAUCUCCUCUACUUUCUUGCAUCGCUCCGACGUUCGCUUGAUCACAGCUUUGUCGAGGGGAGCUGCGCGGACGUUAAAGCUUCCAGGGCUCCAAGGAUGGACUCCAUACCUGCGGGGCGAGACUCCAGCUCCUCGCCAAGCUCCAAACAAGAACUUUCCUACCCGACCACCAACUUGAAGCCCAACCAGGUCGGGGAGACGGUGCUGUACGGAAUACCCAUCGUGUCUUUGGUGAUAGAUGGCCAGGAGAGACUUUGCCUUGCACAGAUAUCCAACACCUUGCUGAAGAAUUACAGCUACAACGAGAUCCACAACCGGCGUGUGGCGCUUGGGAUCACCUGCGUCCAGUGCACUCCUGUCCAGCUGGAGAUCCUGCGCAGAGCCGGUGCGAUGCCCAUCUCCUCCAGGCGCUGCGGGAUGAUCACUAAACGCGAGGCCGAGAGACUCUGUAAGUCGUUUCUAGGAGCUCAUUCGCCUCCCAAACUUCCCGAGAAUUUUGCUUUUGACGUGUCCCACGAGUGCGCCUGGGGGAGUCGAGGCAGCUUCAUCCCGGCCAGAUACAACAGCUCCAGGGCCAAGUGCAUCAAGUGCUCCUACUGCAACAUGUAUUUUUCCCCCAAUAAAUUCAUAUUUCACUCACAUCGCACGCCAGAGUCCAAGUACACGCAGCCAGAUGCGGCUAACUUUAAUUCUUGGAGGCGACAUCUGAAAUUAACAGAUAAAGGCAGUCAGACAGAUAUACUACACGCGUGGGAAGAUGUGAAGGCCAUGUUCAACGGAGGCAGUCGCAAGAGGACGCUGCCCGGCAGUGGAUCAGAAUCCAGCUCUCCUUUAAAAUCACACGGACCCAGCCGACCCCGAGAGUCACCAGAGGUACCCGCAAAGAUCCUCAGCUGCGAGGACAGCCGGGGUGGGAUGGCGAGCACCCGCAGCUACCCGGUGAUCCCGGUGCCCAGUAAAGGCUUCGGGAUGCUGCAGAAGAUCCCCCCGCCGCUCUUCCCUCAUCCGUACGGGUUCCCAGCUUUUGGCCUGUGCCAGAAGAAAGAUGACGGUAUGAUGGGCGAGCAGAGCAAAGCCGCCCUGCCGGGUGUCCUGUGGCCCGGUACCAAGGACAGCGCCUACCAUUCCUUCCCCAUGUUCUGGCCCGCGGCAGGCGCGCUGCCGAUGCCUCCGUACCCGCAGACUCCUCACAAACCCCCUCCAGAGCUGCUGUGUCCCCCCAGACAGACUGACAUAGACAUUUCUGAGCACAGCGACCGGAGCACCAACACCUCUAAAGACAGUGUGGUUGACAACGACCGCUGCUCCAGCACCCAGUCCAUGCGUAACGAAGACGACAAGUCCGGAGACGAGGGGAGGCCGCUGGAGGGGAUGACCCUGCCGCCCCGGAAGAUCAGCUACGUCUCCGCCUUCAGACCCGUCAUUAAAGACGCAGACUGCAUCGCCAAACUGUACGGCAACAGGAGCGCGUAUAAUGGGUGUCGCACUGGUUAUUUAUCGCCCGAUUUUUUAAGCGAGAGCUCGAGCUACCGGUCCGUGUCCCCGUGCGUGGACAGCGAGGGCGAGCCGGACGUGGACGUGGAGACAAACAAAACACCGGAGGAGGAGGAGGAGGAGGACUCCCGGCCUCUGCCCUCGGUGUGUCCUCGGACUCCUCCCGGUUUGGCGCACAGUGUUUCACCAAACGACUCCGACUCCAAAGUCAUGCAGGAGAGCGCAGCCGUGGAUUCCCAGAAAAUGAGCCUCCACGUGGCCCAGUCCUCUGACAGGGAACUGCACAACAAGCAGCUAUCAGAGACCCACAUAGCUGCGUCUUUUACUGAAGUUUACACAGCGGAGAGGAGUGAGCUGCAACAAAGGACCAGUCCCUAUCAGUUCAGACCUGCCAAUUACCUGACUGGAGCUCUAACAGCAAAUGAUGAGAGUGCAAGUAAAGAAGAGCCGUCUUCCACAGUGGAGGAGAUCGAAACGAAAUCUUUUAAUGAACAAAGCAGCGAGGAGAACCAGCGAGAGCAGGACGAGGGCGAGGACGCACCAGCCAGAGCUCUGCCAUCACAAAGAGAGAUACAAAGUCUGGCAAAAGAGGAACUGCAGAAGCAGCUGUUAGAGCAAGUUGAGCUGAGGAAAAAGCUGGAACGUGAAUUCCAAAACUUGAAAGAUAAUUUUCAGGAUCAGAUGAAGAGGGAGCUGUCCUACAGGGAGGAGAUGGUUCAGCAGCUUCACAUCGUCAGAGAAGCUCACGACGCUUUACACCAUUUCUCCUGUAAGAUGUUAACUCCUCGCCACUGCAGCGGCUCCUGCUCCUUCAAAUCUCCUCUGCUUCCUCCAUGAAUCACAUAUUUACACGACAGAGCAACAAAGGACACAUCCGCAGCUUCUGUCCGACACCCUGUGGAAAGGAAAACCUCCGUGGACACUUUGAGGAAUCCAGCUCCAAGUAGAUAAACUGUAAUUAACUGUAAUAUUUUCAAGAGUGUGCAUAUUCACCCCCCUCAGCAUUUAUGUAACCAUCUGGCAUCCGGUGACAUUUGUUUUCCUGAAAUUAUACCAUUGAUUCUAUUUAUUAUUUGUGGCAAAGUGCAAUGACAAUGUAUGUAUGUUGUAAUGGUGGGUUGUUCUUUUAAUUUUUGUUGUUGUUGUCAACAAUAGCAGCUUUGAUUAGCCAAUUCAUUCAAUAAUAUCCUCCCAGUAAUGUAAAUAAGACUUUUGCUGUGUUCUCCUUCUGUGCAGGCCAGUAGCUUAUACUUUGGAUGUUAUGCACUUUAAACGAGUGAUGAGACGAACAGAAAAACCCCUGCAUCGACACAGGCCUACAACCGAUUUAUUUGUAGCGGUCAAACCACACCUAUUUGUUUUUUUUGUUUGUUUGUUUUUUGUUUGUUUUUUGUUGUUAUUUUGGAAGACUUGAAAAACAGAAUAAGUUAGUGGGCGAAAUUAGUGCAUCUGCGACCUUGUAAGUAGCGAUAUUCUAUUAAGAGUAGCCUAUUUGUCCAUGUAAUAUUUGUUUUCAUCGCUGAUUAAUAAAUCAUUUUAUUAAAAGAAA